AUGGCGUCCUGUCGGACGCUGUCGACGGCGCCGCCAACUUCGCCAACCAUAACGAUUCCCGGGUUUUUCAGAUACUGUGCAGAUAUCUUUUGGAUCUGCGCUGGCAUGGUGGCCGUGAACAUCAUAGUUGUGCGUUUGGGGUCGCCCUUGCCCGAGAAGUAUGGGUUCUGUGCGCCGUCGGGCAGCUGGUCCAGGAUCUUGUUGAGGUCACGCUCAAACCCCAUGUCGAUCAUUCUGUCGGCCUCGUCCAUCACCAGGAAAAAACACUGUUCCAAUCCGACCAGCUGCUGCUCCAAACAGUCCACCAGACGGCCAGGAGUGGCAAUGACCACUUCCACGCCGCGCUCGAGCUUCUCUGCGUGUUCCUCGUACGAAUGGCCACCAAUCAGCGAAACCACGUCAAAUCCAAGCGACUUGAACUUGAGAAACUCCUUUUCGAUCUGCAACGCCAGCUCCCGCGUCGGAACCAUGAUCAAAACGUACGGGCCUUGGAACCUGUCCAGUCUCGGCAGUUGA